AAAUGCAAUAAAAGCAUGACGAUGAUGAUGCUGCUUCGUCCUCUUCCUCGUCUUCCACCACCAUUCAUCUCUGUCUACUUAAUUUUGUCUUCCUAGUUUCAAACCAUUCGAUCAUCUCAAUCUGACCAUCUCCAAAUUUCCUGCAAUUUUAAUUGUUUUUCUCUCUCCUCAAAACACCUCAACAAUCAAAGCCUUCCCCCCCUCUCUCUCUGUUUUCUCUCUCUCUAUCAUCAAUCUCCAUCUUCAGAGUGAGAGAGAGAGAGAGUCCUCAUUAAAUCCCUAAAUUUCCCCCUAUUUCAGUUUCCUCCCUCGAUCUAGAGAGAUAGAUAGAAAACCCAAACAGCACGUAAUUGUCAUUGAAUCAGAUCAGAGAAACACAAAAGGUUAAAGAAGAAAAGGGAAAGGCGUGAUUUUUAUUGAUCAUUUCUUCUUCUUUUGAUUCAGUUGUAGCAGAAGAUCAUUUUUUAGGGUUUUGGGAUCAUGAUGAAGAGGUGACAUUUUGGUAGGGUUUGUCGGUGAUUGAUCAUAUCGUUUAAACAGGUUGGAAAAUGGUCAGAAUUUGUCAAAUUUUUCUAGUUUUUAAGAGUAGCGUUUGAUCCAUUUUGUGUGGAGAUUACAACCUUAGGGUUUUUGUUUUGUAAAGUUAUAGAGAAGAACAUACAUCAUAAUAGGUAAUUUUAGGAAGAUGAGGUGAUUUAGUGUAUCAGUAAAUGUUUGCCUUCAAACUACAAUCUAAUCUGGAAUCGAGAGAAGAUGGAUGUUUAGAUUAAUCUUUGAUCAAGUUAGAGGGGAAAGUUGCACUGCCAUAGUUUCUGACCAAUGACUUCCGUUUGGUGAUAUUUAUGCCUAAAGGUGAUCAGCCAUUGCUAGUAUCAUCGCUGUCACAUUCUUCAUCUGUGCUGUCUCCUCUGCCGCUUUCGUCUUCUUGUAGUUGCCUCUGCCCCAACUCUUCGUACUCCCCGGCAGAUUCCGGAGAGGCUCGAAGACGUUCAUUUGAUUCAAAGGAGCAUCAGGUUGUUUCUACUCAAGAUACAGAUUGUCACGCGGAACCGUUUCACCACUCAGAUUCCAUCGGGAGGGUGAAACGUUUUCAUACGGCUGAUCCACACUUUUUCCAGGAGUUGCUUUUGGAAUGCCCUACUCAAAAAGGAAGGCAGCUUGUAUCCUGGGGUGCAAUGGAGCUGCAGGGCAAUUCGAAACCUUCAGAAAUUUCUAUGACUUCUCUCGUGCAGGAAAAGCUGGAGAAAUCUCAGCGUGUCCGUCACAAAAGUAUGCAAUUUGAAGAUAAUCUAUCACAAGAAGAUUCUAGGGUGAUUUAUGUGAACGAUCCUCGGAAAACAAAUGAUAAGUAUGAGUUCACAGGGAAUGAAAUUAGAACUAGCAAGUACACCGUGAUCACUUUCUUGCCGAAGAAUCUGUUUAUUCAGUUCCAUCGAGUUGCUUACUUGUACUUUCUAGCCAUUGCCGCUCUGAACCAGCUCCCCCCUCUUGCUGUUUUUGGUAGAACGGUAUCGCUUUUUCCUCUGCUCUUCGUGCUCUGUGUUACCGCUAUUAAAGAUGGAUAUGAAGAUUGGCGAAGACACCGAUCAGAUAGAAAUGAGAACAACAGGGAAUCUCUUGUGAUGCAACUUGGCAAGUUUCGUCUAAAAAAGUGGAAAAAGAUUCGUGCUGGCGAGGUUGUUAAAAUACUUGCCAACGAGACAAUUCCAUGUGACAUGGUUUUGUUAGGGACAAGUGAUGCUAGCGGGAUAGCAUACAUCCAAACAAUGAAUCUUGAUGGUGAAUCAAACUUGAAGACGAGGUAUGCCAGGCAAGAAACAGUUUCAAUGGCUUUUGACGGAGGCAGUAUUGGAGGGACUAUCACAUGUGAGCACCCUAAUAGAAAUAUAUAUGAGUUCACAGCCAACAUGAAAUUCGAUGGACAUAAAUUUCCACUCAGCCAAUCGAACAUCAUUCUGCGGGGUUGCCAGUUAAAGAACACAGAAUGGGUAAUCGGUGUUGUUGUAUACGCUGGACAGGAAACAAAGGCAAUGUUAAAUAGUGCAGCUUCUCCUUCCAAAAGAAGCAGACUGGAAAGCCAUAUGAACAGGGAAACCUUGUGGUUGUCAGUUUUUCUUUUCAGCAUGUGUGUGGUAGUGGCGGUUGGGAUGGGUUUGUGGCUCAGAGCCAAUAAUCACCAGCUUGAUACCCUGCCUUACUAUAGAAGAAGAUACAUUACAACAGGGAAGAUGAAUGGGGCACUAUACAACUUUAUCAGUAUCCCCAUGGAAAUUCUGUUCUCAUUUUUGAGUUCCGUUAUUGUGUUUCAGAUUAUGAUACCGAUAUCGUUGUAUAUUACGAUGGAGUUGGUCAGGUUGGGGCAAUCGUACUUCAUGAUUGAAGAUAAGCGGAUGUAUUGCUCUAACUCUCAGUCAAGGUUCCAGUGCAGAUCGUUGAAUAUAAAUGAAGACUUAGGUCAGAUACGGUACAUAUUCUCCGAUAAGACCGGGACUUUAACUGAGAACAAGAUGGAAUUCCGUAGAGCCAGCUUGUAUGGCAAAAAUUAUGGGAGCUCCUUGCAUGAUACUGACCAUUCAGUGCAGGAAUCAUCUAUUGAAGAAGUGGCAAACACUCAAAAGCAGAAGCCCAAAUCUGAAAUAGCCAUUGAUAGUGAGCUUGUUGAGUUGUUGCAUAAGAACUUAAAUGGAGAUGAAAGGACAGUGGCACAUGAGUUUUUCCUUACAUUGGCAGCUUGUAAUACUGUCAUCCCAAUGGUUAAUCGGCCUUCAUCUGUUGAGACGUUCACUGAAUCACAUGAAGAUGUAGGAGCUAUUGUAUAUCAGGGUGAAUCUCCUGACGAGCAAGCCUUAGUCUCUGCAGCUUCUGCUUAUGGAUACACUCUUACUGAGCGCACAUCUGGACACAUCGUGGUUGAUGUCAAUGGUGAGAAAUUAAGGUUGGAUGUAUUGGGUCUGCAUGAGUUCGACAGUGUCCGCAAGAGAAUGUCAGUUGUUAUUAGAUUUCCUAACAAUGCCGUAAAAGUGUUGGUCAAGGGAGCUGAUAGCUCAAUGCUGAACAUUUUGGGUGAAGAGAAUAAUACAGACAACCGUAAAGAUCUUUUGUCAAGAGAUAUAAAGCAUGCAACUCAGAAUCACCUGACAGAGUAUUCUCGAGAAGGUUUGCGCACCCUUGUCCUUGCUUCAAGGGAUCUUACAGAUGAAGAACUCGAAGAGUGGCAAUGCUGUUAUGAAGAGGCGAGCACAUCGUUGAUUGACAGAUCCGCUAAGUUACGCCAGACAGCAUCCCUCAUAGAAUGUAAUCUUAAUCUUCUUGGGGCUACUGCAAUUGAGGAUAAGCUACAAGAAGGUGUUCCAGAAGCCAUCGAGUCCCUCCGGCAAGCAGGAAUCAAAGUUUGGGUUCUUACUGGGGAUAAGCAAGAGACUGCAAUUUCAAUCGGUCUCUCUUGCAAGCUCCUGACCCCAGAUAUGCAGCAGAUUAUUGUAAAUGGUACUACUGAGGAGGAAUGCAGAAACCUUUUAGCUGACGCAAAGGUUAAAUACGGUGUGAAAUCAUCAAUGUGUAGCAUGAGUAAGCAUUUGAGGCAGAAAAAGAUUGUUGAGAAUAACUAUCUUGAGAUUCCUGUUGAAACACGGAUUUCCAACGCGGGACAAUGGAAUGUGGAAACUGUUCCUGAUAUGACCAACACGGCUCUCAUAAUCGACGGGAACAGUCUCGUGUACAUAUUAGAAAAAGAUCUGGAGUCAGAGCUUUUCGAUCUAGCAACUUCUUGUAAAGUUGUGCUUUGUUGCCGUGUCGCUCCUUUGCAGAAAGCUGGAAUUGUAGAUCUAAUUAAAAGCAGAACGGAUGACAUGACACUGGCUAUUGGAGACGGGGCUAAUGAUGUUUCAAUGAUCCAAAUGGCGGACGUCGGCGUUGGAUUAUGCGGUCAAGAAGGACGUCAAGCAGUUAUGGCAUCUGAUUUUGCCAUGGGACAGUUCAGGUUUCUGAAAAGAUUGCUUCUUGUACACGGUCAUUGGAAUUAUCAGCGUGUAGGAUAUUUGGUUUUGUACAACUUCUACCGUAAUGCAGUAUUUGUACUGAUGCUGUUCUGGUAUAUCUUGUACACGGGUUAUUCUACGACAUCUGCGAUAACAGACUGGAGCAGUAUGCUCUAUUCCAUUAUUUAUACUUCUGUCCCUACAAUAGUUGUAGGUAUUCUGGAUAAGGACUUAAGCCAUAAGACACUUCUUGAGUAUCCGAAGCUUUAUGGAUCUGGACAUAGGCAUGAGAGUUACAAUAUGCCACUUUUCUGGCUCACAAUGAUCGAUACUCUGUGGCAAAGUCUUGUUCUCUUCUAUGUUCCUGUAUUUAUCUUUCAAGGAAGUACCAUAGAUAUAUGGAGUAUGGGCAGUCUAUGGACAAUUGCUGUUGUGGUGCUUGUGAAUAUACACUUGGCUAUGGACAUUCAGCGUUGGCUAUUACUUACUCAUCUUGCCACAUGGGGAUCUAUAGUCACCACAUAUGCUUGUAUGGUGGUAUUGGAUUCCAUCCCAAUUUUUCCGAAUUAUGGGACAAUUUAUCAUCUGGCAACCUCGGCUACCUAUUGGAUCACCAUUUUACUUAUCAUAGUUUUAGCAUUGCUCCCUCGUUUUCUUUUCAAGGUUCUGCGUCAGAGAGUUUGGCCUUCUGAUAUUCAGAUAGCAAGAGAAGCAGAAAUAUUGAGGAAACGACGUCACAUUCUGCAGUCAAAACCGGAUCAAAGUUCAAGUUGACAUGUAUAUAACCCCAUUUUAUAUCGGUUUGUCUUUAAAGUAUCCAUCAGAAGGCCCUCCUUCUGGAGUUCAUCGCUAAAAAAUCUCAUGAUAAAAGUGAUCAAGUGAGUUGGAGGAGCAAGUAGCUUGCCAUUUGUGGUGAAAAUUGCAAAUUGAAGGAUAAAAAAGUUAUAGAGAGAUUGGGAACUCAGAUCUGAGGGAGCUGUUGUAUUUUAAGGAUCCAUUACAGAGGCAGAUCGGAUUGGAUGUAUAGAGUUUUUCACAGUUUUCUGAUGCUAUCGGUCUAGGCGGUGUAGCUGGUUAUGUAUAAGGUCUUGAACAGGUUUAGAUGUGGCGCGAGGAGAUUAAAAAAGUAAAAAACUAACGCAAAAAAUAUACGUAUAUGCUCUGACGAAAUAACUGUAUGCUUGGGUUCAGCAGUGAAAUUUUCAAUUCUUACCAAAAAGAAAAAAAGAAUACGAACAACUUUACUGUGUUUUUUUGUUGUCUUUCUUCUCUG